AACUAAUCCUUUAAUGAUUUGAUAGAGGCUUGUGAUAUAAGUGUUUAUGAAAAUUAAUGAUUAGAGUGCUAGCCUAAUUUUGUCAGAGUGUACUUUAAGAAUAAAAAUCUCUCUUCAUUUGUAUGAACAGAUGACCUUUAAGUAAAGUUUACUCUUUGAGAUUUUUCAUAGUUUGUGGGCACGAAAAUCCCGAGGUUUGUAUGAGGAUAUGAAAGGCAAGGAGGUGAGGAAUAAGAGAGAAGAGAGAGUGCUAGCUUGUGUAAAAAGAGCUUAUGACUCACACUCGCGGUUGACGGUGGAUGUUAAAACUUGCAGAUCUAUGGAUUACAACAACCAACGUCGAGGCCAGAGUCUACUAAACGCUUCAGAUCAUCUCUUCAGCCUCUUGCCGCUGACCUCAUCUGUCUCACGCCCUGAUUCUUUCCCUCCACGCUUUCAUUUUUGUCCCUCCACUCAUGUCCGACCCACGUCGCUGUUGUCAUGCUCUAUAAUGACUGUCAGGACCUGCUCGUCUGAACCUUGCACUCACAACCGCUGCCCAUUAUUUUAAAUGAGACCUAGCUAAAGUCAACUUCGGUAACAAGCCUCCCUGUGCUGAAUGAAAAUGAAUGUUUUCCGGAUAUCGCCUAUAAGCUGAACGCGUGUUUUUCCACGGUCUGAUUAAUCGAAUAACAAUGAAAUAUACCAUAAAUACACAUAUUUUCGUUAGAAAACAAGGUGUACCUUGCGUAUAAAAAACAAUGUAGUCUGCACAUGACCGUUUUAGCAGUUGUCAGAUUGUGUGGAGUGUUUCUGAAGCAAAAACCUACCUGAAGUUGCAUAAAAUGCGACAAAUUGUCUUGUGGGGGAUUCGGUGUUUGACAAGACCUUUCAAAUUUAAUGAGAGUGACGUCUUGCUUGGCCUAGAAUCCAAACGUGUGCGUGGGCUGCCUGAGGACGGCAAGCACGUCACUUCAAAUUCGGUUUAGGAUCCUCAUUAUCGACCCUCAUCUUGUCACUCAUGAUCCUAUAGGCUACGCCCAGCGACAGGCUCCAUCCAAACAGGACAUUCAGGGGUGUGGCCUUCUCGGUUUCCUUUUCAACAAGGAGAAUGACACAUGCCUUUUUAUCUUUUCUGUUUCCCCCUACAACUUCUGACAAAAAGAGAGGUAUAUAUAAUCCCACACAUCCGAAUCCUGUAUAUAUUCACACUGGCACUUGACAAUGCACAAUAGAGUUCGGAGGUAGAGCUACAACCAGAGAAGUUGAUUAAGCAAUACAUACAUAGAAAGCAACUUCUCAACAAUUAAUUAGCUAUCUAGAGCGUUAGACAGAAAUAUUGGACAGUCACAAACCUCUUUGAGACAUUGCAUGGAAGAUUUGCAAACCAGCUUGGAGUCACACAAGACUGAUUGGAUUUUUGACUCCACACACUGGAGACAAAAAACUUCACCACAGCAACACACAGCCAAGAGGAAGAACUACUCCACAAAGAUGGUGGCUUUAUCCUUGCCUCCUCGUCCUGCCCUAUUGUUCUUAGUCCUCAUGAGUGUGACUCUGAUGGCGAGUGCAUUUCCACAGCCUCAACUUCGACCUCUGCAAAGUAACUUGCCUGCUAUUGGUCAAGAGGAUUCCAAAGGUGAACAGUGGGAAGUGCUGUUUCCCGCCAUCUCGCUCCGUGAUUGGAGCAUUCAGAUGCUGACCGCCCCAGAUUUUGGAGCCGCUAAGGCUGAGACAGAACAGCUGGUGGGAGAUGAUUGGCUUCCGCUCAGCCAGUCACAGAUGGAGGAGGAGCUGGUGAAGGGCUGGCCGGGCAACUGGCCUUCACGAGUGGGUCACCAGCAGAAGAGAAACAUAGUGGUGGCAGAUGACGCUGCAUUUAGAGAAAAGAGUAAGCUUUUGACAGCAAUGGAAAGACAGAAAUGGCUCAAUUCCUAUAUGCAGAAACUCUUAGUAGUUAAUUCAAAGUAAUUAUAAUGUUUAUGUAAUUGUAAAUAUAUAAAAUAUUUAGAAAAAUAUUGCAUUUUAUGUGGGAGAAAAAAGCAUUUGAUCAUCGCUACAUGAGAUAAUGUAACCGAGUUAAACGCUGUCAUUUUAUACUCAUGUCAUUUGAAUCCCAUACGAUUUUAUUUCCUGCAUGGAACACAAAAGGAGAUAUUUAGUUUGCACAGAGCUGCUUUUUUUCCCAACAAGAAAGUAAAUCACAUGGGGUUGGAAUGACAUGAUGGUAAGUAAAUGAUGAGAACCUACAUAUCUGGGUGAGCUAUCCCUUUUAAAAGAUUGUAUGUAGAUAAAGGUGCUUUCUUUUCUCUUUAUUUUUUAGAUGAUCUUUGAAAAAGGAAAAUGCAUGAUGUGUUUGUUGGUCUGAUUAUGAUUUGAAUAAACACCUGAAAACAAUCUGAGCAAUUUUCGAAUGCCUUAAUUGGAUGCACAUAAUCUGAGCUGCCACACUGUAAAAAAUUAUUUCAUGGUCUGUUAUUACAACAUUUUUUCUUUUGUCAAAUCACCUUCAA